AUGCGCGACGCUCCACUGUUGAUGAGUCUGCUACCUCCUGUUUUUAUCCGUCCGCCACGCAACUCGCCGAUAACUCCAAAAUGGACCGAGACAGGGAUCGCGGUCGAAGGUUCGACGACGGUGAAGUUGUUCGAUACGGUGCAGGCGAAUCAUGGCGUCCUACACCCCGCGACAGAUCGCCCAGGCGGCCCAGAAGCCCGGCCCGCUCUCGCGAACGAGGCCCUCCUAGGAGCCCACGGCUGCGCAGCCCUCCUCCGCGCCCACGCAGCCCGGGUAUGGGUAGUGGCGCCGGUGCUGGAAGCGGACCGGGUGGUUCUGAUAGCUAUGUGCCGGGAAGAUAUGUUCCGCGCCGCAGAUCCAGGAGUAUAG